UUACAGGAGAAGCCUAGAAGCCUAAGGACGUAGCUGAGGAGGGAACAGCAGAGAUGGGGAGUGGAGCCAGUACUGAGGACAAAGAACUGGCCAAGAGGUCCAAGGAGCUAGAAAAGAAGCUGCAGGAGGAUGCUGACAAGGAAGCAAAGACUGUCAAGCUGCUAUUGCUGGGUGCUGGGGAGUCAGGAAAGAGCACUAUCGUCAAGCAGAUGAAGAUCAUUCACCAGGAUGGGUAUACACCAGAAGAAUGCCUGGAGUUCAAGACUGUCAUCUAUGGGAAUGUGUUACAGUCCAUCCUGGCUAUCAUCCGGGCUAUGUCCACACUGGGCAUUGACUAUGCUGAACCAAGCCGCGCGGAUGAUGGGCGACAGCUCAAUAACCUGGCCGACUCCAUUGAGGAGGGGACCAUGCCUCCUGAGCUGGUGGAGGUCAUCAGAAAGUUGUGGAAGGAUGGUGGAGUUCAAGCUUGCUUCGAAAGAGCUGCAGAAUAUCAGCUCAAUGAUUCAGCAUCCUACUACCUGAACCAACUGGACAGGAUUACAGACCCGGACUACAUUCCUAAUGAGCAAGAUGUUUUGAGAUCUAGAGUGAAAACUACAGGCAUUAUUGAAACCAAGUUUUCUGUCAAAGACUUGAAUUUCAGGAUGUUUGAUGUGGGAGGGCAGAGAUCUGAGAGAAAGAAGUGGAUCCACUGCUUUGAGGGCGUCACCUGCAUCAUCUUCUGUGCAGCGCUCAGUGCCUACGACAUGGUACUGGUGGAAGAUGAUGAAGUGAAUCGUAUGCAUGAGUCUUUGCAUCUGUUCAACAGCAUAUGUAACCACAAGUUCUUUGCGGCUACUUCCAUUGUGCUCUUUCUCAACAAGAAAGAUCUUUUUGAGGAAAAAAUCAAGAAAGUCCAUCUCAGUAUUUGUUUUCCAGAGUAUGAAGGGAACAACUCCUUUGAGGAUGCGGGGAAUUAUAUCAAGAACCAGUUCCUUGACCUCAAUAUGCGAAAAGAUGUCAAAGAAAUCUACAGUCACAUGACCUGUGCUACAGAUACACAGAAUGUCAAAUUUGUGUUUGAUGCAGUUACAGAUAUCAUCAUCAAAGAAAACCUCAAGGACUGUGGGCUCUUCUAA